GCACCUUUAUAAAUCUUGUGUAUCGCCAUUAGCAUUAAAGAAUCAUUUUGAGUGUUUUUUUUUUGGAUUUCCUCUUUGUCUUUCAGUUUUAUUAGCUCCUUUUCCAAAAAACCUUAAUUUUCCCGCACUUUCUCAACGCAAAGGAAGGAUCUUUCAUCCAAGAAAAUGAGGUGGGAGAGGGUCCAACAAGUGGGUCUCGGUGGUUCUUUCUCCGGCCCCGGGAAGAGAUGGGGGCACACUUGUAACGCCAUUAAAGGAGGUAGAUUUCUCUACGUCUUCGGUGGUUUUGGUCGCGACGGUUGCUUAACCAAUCAAGUCCAUGUCUUCGACGCUGAAACGCGGAUAUGGACUCAGCCUGUAAUCCGUGGCGUACCACCUUGCCCGAGGGACAGUCACAGCUGUACUACUGUUGGGGAUAACCUUUUUGUGUUUGGUGGUACUGAUGGGACCAAGUAUCUCAAGGAUCUGCACAUCCUAGAUACUUCUUCACAUACUUGGAUAUGCCCGGAUAUUAGAGGUGAGGGACCCGGGGCAAGAGAGGCUCAUAGUGCCGCGCUAAUUGACCAACGUCUUUUCAUAUUUGGUGGCUGUGGGAAAUCUCCUGCUUCGGAUGAUGAAGUAUUCUAUAAUGACCUUUACAUACUUAACACAGAAACUUACGUGUGGAAACGUGCUGUAACAAACGGGAAAACCCCCUCUGCACGAGAUAACCACACUUGCUCAACGUGGAAGAACAAAAUCAUCGUAGUCGGGGGUGAAGAUUUGGAUGACUAUUAUCUCUCCGAUGUUCAUAUCCUUGAUACAGAUAUAUUUGUAUGGAAGGAACUGAAAACUUCAGGACAGUUGUUAACACCUCGAGCCGGUCAUGUAACUGUUGCACUAGACAAGAACUUAUUUGUUUUUGGAGGGUUUACGGAUUCACAGAAUCUUUAUGGUGAUCUAUACGUCCUUGAUUUGGAAACGGGUGUAUGGUCCAAGGUAGCUGCCAUGGAAGAAGGGCCAUGUGCUAGAUUCUCUUGUGCAGCGGUUUGUUUAGAUCCUUAUAAAGCUGGUUCGUUUUUCUUUCUCGGUGGGUGCAAUAAGAAUCUUGAGCCGUUGGAUGACAUUUACUAUUUACACACAGAAGGUGGGUACGAUGUCCGGUUUGAUCAAAACCUUAGGAGGUUGUCUCUUAGGAAAGAAAUGAAGCUAAAAUGCCAAGGGAAGAAAUUAGCUGUGACCAGAGCCAACAUUGACCAAGGAAGAGAGAAUGUCCCUUUGAAGACUGGCUCGAAUGAUCAAAGAAAACCAAUGUUUCAAGGCAGGCUUACCCAAAGUAACCCUCAUGGUUACACUAUAGAAACGAUCAUUGAUGGAAAGGUUUUUCAUGGUGUUUUGUUUUCAAACUCUGUUCAAAUGGAAGAUCCUCGCUUCAGUAACAGGAAAAGGCCUGCUACAUCUGAUGGAGAUUGUGAUCAUAGAGCAAAGAUACUAAGAACUUUGAGCAAGGAUUCAGCAGCUGGUAGUAGCAAACAAGCUGAUCCAAAGAAGGUUGCACAUUCAAAUGAUAUGAACGUACCCAUGAUUGACACUCUCCAUGCUAGUGUAAGCAUGGUGGGACCACAGGAGGCAGAAACCGCUGCUGUUAACUCUGUCAAAGAUCAAGAUGCUUCUCAGCUCGAUACGGGGAUUGUUAACAAGGAGCCAUUGCCGGAUACUCAUGAUGAGGCGAAUGUAGAGCCAUCGAGAAAUGAGAUUUCAACAGAUGCUGCUAAAGCUGAUCUUGGAGGAGCUUCAUCGCCACAAAAGCAAGAGGAAGGGGCAGCUGCUGCGGAAGAUGAUGCAGAUGCAGCGCAACAACCGAAACCGUAACAAUGUUACCAGCUUGAAGGAUUUUUUGUUGUUGUUGUGAGGUUAUUCAGUUAAGUAGUAGCUGGAGAUAGAAUUUGGUUUAAUAGCAAAGUUGAAGAAAAUGAAUGAUGAGUGGAAGAAGCCAACAUUUGAAGUUGAGGCCUUUUUUUCUUCUUCUUGUUUUGUAUUUGGAAGUUCUGCAAUAUAAACAGCUUUUCCCCUUUUGCUAUUAUAUAUCCGUUGUAGUUGGUCUCGAUUUGCAAGCAAGAGAGAUGCAUUGUUUACUUUUUUA